AUGAUUUCAUCAUUAUACGAGCAAAAUUUAUCAACAGAGAGCAUGAAAAUGCCGGAAACGAUAUUAAUCACUCCGAAUGAUCAACUACUAACAACAACAAUUGAAGAUAUGUAUCGACAUAUCGACGAGAGACAUCAAUCAACCGAUACAUUAUCAAAUACAAUAAAUCAAAAACAAAAGUCACUAAUAUCGGUAUAUGAUAACAAUCUUCAGCAUCAAUGCACUAGCAAGAAUUAUCCAUUAGUUGGCAUCAUCGGCCAAAAUAAACGCUCUCAAGCAUUUCGGAAGCGUCUUCUUCUGUCUGGUUUUCCUAGUCCUAUCCUAUGUGAUAUCAAUUCGGAUUCAGCAGAAUCGAAUUAUAUUUCCUAUGAAUUGUUCUAUGAAUUAUCACCUACAAUUAUUCUCAUCACGGAUGACUUAACCAUUAAUUUCGAAGAUUUAUUCCCUCAAACUAAACAGCAGUUAGUUAUUGAUACACGAGAACUUUCGCCGAGCUAUUUUUCAAGAAAAGCUCGCGCUUUACCAUUCUCGUCAAUCCCGGGUUCUUAUCGUGCUUUCGGAAAUCUCUCCGAUCAAGAAAUCGAACAUGGAACUCAACGAGCACGCGUAGCAAUCGAAGAAUAUUCACCUUCAAACCUAAUCGCAUUUAUCUACAGUUUAAAUUGUUUUCCACGCGGUAUUGAUAUUCUCGAGCAUGAAACGUACAAUCACACACAAAGAAAACUCAUUGGAAAUUGUUUAUUUCCUUUACUAGCAACAGUCUUCGUAUUUACAUUAUGUUUAAUUAUAUCAGCAACUGAACACAGUACCGACUUAAUCUAUCGGCAAGCCGGUUCAAUAACGGCAGCGACUAGUAUAACUUUAUUAGCAUUAUUAUAUCUAAUCAGACCGUUGUUGGAUAUGACUGAAUUGAUUUAUUCAUGGAUUUUGAAAUCGCAGAAUCUUCAAAAAAAUACACUACCGAAUCUACGCUUUCUUCAUCAAUGUUUUCAAUCACAAAAUUAUCUUAUUUGGUAUUCGCUUGCCUUUGCUUUACUUCAUCUAGUAUUUCUUAUGUUCUCGAAACUUGACCUUACUUCAAAUAUGUCGGUCAACAGCUUCUUUUUCGGUCUGUUUACAAUGGUUGCAUUAUGUAUUCUAUCCUGUGUUCAUUUUCCGUGGAUCAGCGAACACCUUCUUUGGAAGGAGUAUCAUUUUCUCACGUCUCAUCUCGGAUUAUUUUGCCUAUUAUUUGCUGUUAUUCAUCCUACUAUUCUUCAUUGGAAUUCGACUUCGGGUGCAUUCGAUUUGAAGGCUUUCUCCUUGAUUUUACCAAUGUUUGUCUUAAUUCUACGUUUGAUUAUCUAUGGACUAAUCUAUCCGAUACAGAAACUUAUUCAAUGGACGAAACAACGGCAAAAUCAAACAUCGAUUACGCCCACUCGAGACGCAUCUAUGUUCUUAUAA